UGAAUUUUGAGAAUUGUGAAUUUUGUUCCGCGUUCGAAUCGAAAAAUCGCCCUUCUCUCUCUCUCAACCGCUCGCUCGCUCGCCAGACGAAUCUUCAGACAAACGCAAAAGUGAAAAUCCAGCGCGUCGUUUCGUGCUAGAUCAAAAAAGCAACCAGCAAACCCCGCGAGGCCAUCGUUAAUUUUCUUCCCUUGUGUCUAUUUUGUUUAUCGUAUGUCCAUCCAGAAUCUUAGUACAUUUGACCCAUUUGCUGAUGCAAUAAAGGGUGCAGAUUAUGAUGUUCAAGACGGUCUCGUGCACAUAAGAAUCCAGCAAAGGAAUGGUCGCAAAACGCUAACCACCGUCCAGGGACUGUCGGCGGAGUAUGACCUAAAGAAGAUUGUGCGGGCAUGUAAGAAGGAAUUCGCAUGCAAUGGCACAGUAAUUGAGCAUCCCGAGUACGGCGAGGUUCUACAGCUGCAGGGUGACCAACGUGAGAAUAUCUGCCAGUGGCUGACAAAGUCGGGUCUUGCCAAGCCCGACCAGCUGAAGGUGCACGGUUUCUAAGCGAAAACACAGCAAAAGUGCAGCGCGCGGGUGCAGAAGAAAAAGCGAGGUUGCGGGGGACAAGGCAUGCACUAAACAAAGAGAAAGGAAGUGCCCUUUCUCUCUCGGAUAAAGUGUGCACUCGACGUGCGCGACACCAGGAUCCCACAGCCGCGACCCACCCAUCAUCUGCUACCGACGCCGCCGAUCCGCCGUUUGUGCCGAGCUUUCGAACGUUGUUUGUCCCAAAAUUCCCAUCCAUUCUCAGCCAUUUAACAACAAUUCACGCGCAAUACAGACACAGAGACAGCGUCACCAAAUAGUAAAGACCAUCACCCAGACUCACUUCUAGAACGCCGCGACUUUAUAGAGAAUUGAUUCCGUUUUUUUCCGGGCCGCGUAUUUUCUAUGCACGACCGAGUAUAACGUCGGUCAAAUUAGUUCCCCGAACCGCAGGUGUUUCAUAGUACACGCAACUCUACUGAUUGACCGCGUAGAACCUUAAUUUAGGUCAUCAGUUCUUUUUCAAUGAACUUUCCCAAUCGACGAGUGGGGACCUCUCCGAAGCUUCGCAGCAGCAGCAGCCAACGGCGGAGCAGACGGGGCGCACAGCCCCCGUCGCUUCGCUUGGCGAUUCUUCUCCGGUGUCGAUCCUAACCCGGUCGGCAUCGGCGAUGAGGCGCCUUCUGUGAAUAUUUGGAGAGCGAGACAGAGAGAGAGAGAGAGGGGUGUAUGUGUAGGUAUCGGAAGAGGAACGAGUGUGUGACGGAGUUAUCGUAGAGACUGUCGAGAGAACAUCCCCUUGGCAGCGACCACAUUGUGUACACAACAACCAUCAACAACAUGUUGUCUUAGAACGGAACAAUAUAUAUUUAGCAUAUGAACAACCAAUUCUCACACACCUGCCUAUCUAUAACCGCUCGAUUGCGUUGUAAUGGUCUUUUUCGCGCGCGGGGGCGCUUUCGGCAAACCCCCACGCGCGGUUAGAUCGUAAAUCUCACUUGUUUUAAAUUUUUCGGCGGUUUGCGCGAACGGCGUGUUGGGAAGUGAAGUCCUAAUCGCUGCCCCUUACCGACACACCGGUUCGUUUUGUGCUUGUGCAACAUUUCCGUUUUUUCCAAUUCUCAUUUUCACCUAUGGUUCACCCUGGAACUCUCGAACCAUUGACAUACGUUUCAUCCAAAAUUGACGAGAGGGGAAAUUUAUUGACCUUACGCGCGCGCUGCUUGUCCAGCUUUUUGUGGAGCACCCCACGUGGCGUUGGUAAAUUGAAAUUAAAAUGCGUACCCCACCGGUGGCUGUCGGUGGCGGAAGAGGUCCUUCGAUGGUGCGAUAGAGGGUGUGGUAAUAAGUGAGUGCGAAAUGAAUUUCUAUCAGAGCGCGCCGUGGGCCAGGACAAAUAGAAACGAAAACACAAUAACAUAAAAUCGCAACUAAACCCACUAAUAAAAACCAAAACGUAAUAAACGAGAAAACAAGAGCCCCUCA